UUGCUCACAAUGACCAGUUCAACUGCGGACAUCUCUCCAGCUAUUUCUGGUGUAGCUGAGCAUGGAACUACUGAGAAGGAUAAAACCAAUACAAUGAGAAAUAAUCAUGGACAUAGGCUGAGUAAGUUAUCAACACACUCGGAAGCUCCCAAUAUCAUGGCUUUCACUUCGCACAUCACUCCUGAGGGACGGCCCAAUGGUCUUACGGCCAAUCAACGAUCACGUUUAUCGCGUCGUCCAAUAGGGCCUAGUGACAUAGCGAUCUAUAAAGACUACACUUAUUGGAUGAAGAUAGUAUUCUCUCUUGGAGUGGCCCAGCUGUUUCUAGAAGCUGGUAUUAGAGCAGCAUUGCUGGUGGAGGGUUCAAUGUUCGGCUCAAUAGCCUAUCUGGCACAUUUCCUCAUAUACGCUGCAGAAGUGCCUAUAUGCUUCACCGUGGCCCCGAUGAUAUAUCGAUGGUUCGAGCUCCAUACACAGGCUAAGUUCCUCAGCUCCCUUGGGACUCUGUUCAUUGUAAUCUAUAUUUAUCAACUGGCUUAUGCUACCAAUUAUCCAGAGAAUACACCAGCCAAUUCACCGUGGUAUCUAGUAACAGCAAUUCUGGUUGGUAUUAUGUACCCUCUCGUAGAGAUUACUAAUUAUGCUAUUAUAGGGCGUUGUGGGUACUUUGAGUGCCGUGAUCCUACGCGCCCUUUAACUCUAGAACAUAGAGCUCAGCAGCGAGAUGAUGGGGAGGAUAGGUAUCAUCGUCAUCAUCAUCAUCAUAGCAAUGGCGACGACGACGACGAUACGCAACAUGGCUUGCUGGCUGGAGUACAGCGUUGCAUUGAUUUCGUCACAAUCGCGGAUCCCUCUCAAACUACAUG